UAACAAGAUGGCUGCCAGUAUUCGAACAAAACAGACGGGUAAGCUUUAGUUUUUACGCUUUUAUCGUCCAGCGACUGCAUCGAUUGGUUUUCUAGGUUCUAGAGUGAUGAAGGACCGUUUCAGCUGUUGAACUGGGGUUUUUAAUUCACAAAUAAGUCGUUUUCUUGUUAGUUAUAGACUUUGGAAAAUCAAAAUAGUUUGUAUAUAAAAUAUUAAAAACAAUUCUUAUAAUGAUAAAAUUAUGCUAUAUUUAGAAUGUCUCAAACGUAUGAUAAAUCUGAAUGAUAUACCAAGAAAAACUGCAUCUGUUGAGCCUGUCUGGAAAGUAAGGAUUAAAUUUGUUCCGAUUAGAGAGGUUCAGAUUUGACUUCCACUAGACCACUACCUCUCAAAGUGCGCAUUUGAUUGGUUAAUCGGGUAGAUUAAAUGCAUUUGAUUGGUUAAUCGAGUAGAUUAAAUGCAUUUGAUUGGUGGUGUUUGUAGUCAAAAUCUGAACCUCUCUUUUGUAAAGGAGUUGUUCUGUUGAACAAUAGUUUGUAUAAGAUUUAUUAUAAGUAAUAGCAUGGCAUUCAGGUCGAUUAGUGAUUAAAUGUACCCGAAAGCCGAGAGAGGUUUAGUAAACCUCUAAAAGAGGACUUUUACUAAACCUCUCGAGUCUUGAGGGACAUUUCAUCACUAAUCGACCGUAAUGCCAUGCUAUUACUUUGUAAUAUCGUAGUUGCCGAGGGAAUCGUGCGUGGUGUGUUGCCUGUUUUGAAUGCUGUUUGAUUGUCUUAUGAUUGUGGUACGAACACUUUUCAUAUAUACGCACACGCAGAAACACAUCUCCGUGUUCAUUCGUUUUAGGCAUGCGCAUAAACGGAAUUUUCUCCCACAAUUGUAAUGUUCAAGAUUAGGGAAUAAAAGCUGGCAAAGUGAUUGUUCGAAUGUGUAUGGGACGGUGUCGUCAGAUACUGUCCAUAGUUGUGCCGAUGAUUUUCGAUGAGGUACAGCUCUCCAAUCAGAGGUAAUGAGGUACGCUUUUGUCUUCUAAAUUUCCCUCAUCAAGCAUGCAGGGGAAGAUUAGAAGACAAAGAAAUCCUUUGUUUUCAACUAAAUUUACCGGGUAAAUUUAGAAGACAAAGCGUAUGCAUGGGUAAUGAGGUAAAUUAGUUGGUAAUCGUACCUCGCGAGACAAAGGAUUUCGAGGCAACUAUGAUAUUAUUUAAUAUAAUUAUUUGUAACAUGGCUCAGAGGUUAUGGGUAGCUCAGCUGGUUAGAGUGCUGAAUUGGAAUUGCUGGCCUGUAGGUUCGAUUCCUGCCAGAGGGCCUAUUGGUUGCUAGUCACACAGGUCAGGCUAGCACGAGGCAAACAAAAAAGUGACUCUGAUGACCUUGACUUCAUCCUAGACUCAAUCCCCUAGCAAUGCAUGAGACAAACAUUUUCUGCCUCUUUUUCCUCAGCCAGCAGAAAAUAACAUUUUUUUACUCUGGGAACAUUUUUUAGGUGCUUGUAUAUGAUCGCUUUGGUCAAGACAUAAUAUCACCACUUUUAACUGUAGCAGAAUUACGGGAACUAGGUGUAACUUUGCAUUUGUAAGUAUUACAAUUAAAGAAAUGAAUGAGAAAGUUGGUGGAUCUGAUCUUCUUGUCUUCAGAAUGUAUUGCAAAGCAUUUCUUCUAUUCUCCAUAUAGAUUGCUGCACUCGGACAGGGAUGCCAUUCCUGAUGUGCCAGCCGUCUAUUUUGUUCUCCCCACUGAAGAAAAUAUUAAAAGAAUAUGUCAGGUAUAAUUUAAAAUAAUCCUCUACUAUUAGGCAAUCUUAGUUAUAAUAAACUGGGUAUUGAAUGGUUAAAAUUGCUGAGGCAUGUAUACAUGUAAAUUAUUAUACAUCCCCAACAAAAGAACCCCUGCACUAAGAGGGCCGUAUGUUAGAUAACUUUUACGGUUAAUACGUUUUCCCUCGUGAAAUAAAGUUUCUAUUCUAUUCUAUUCUAUACUAAGCAUCCACCAGAAGUUGUUCAAAAGAAGUUGUUCCCCAUGUAUAAACCACAUUAUUUUUACUCCUCUUAUUCAUAACUUUCUCACAAAGUAUUUAACUUCAUCUCAGGAUUGUAGAAACCAAUGCUAUGAAUCGUAUUACUUGAAUUUUAUAACUGCAAUCAUGAGACGUCAGUUGGAAGACUUGGCAACUACUGUUCUUCAAGGAGAUUGUGUCGCUCAAAUUUCAAAGGUUACAACACUACUGGGAUAUGUUGAGAAAUUAGUAAUUGAGAAAUAAUUUAGGCAUGAAAUUUUGUAUGUGAUGCCUCAGUCAAAACAAGGAUGAGAAUUGAUGAGAGAUGCAAUUCUCGCUUGUGUUUCACUGUCAACUCUCAUCUGCUCUCAUCAGCUUAGAGUUGGUUCAAAUUUUGAUGAGAGUUUUUGCUCGUUUACAGUAACUGGUAAUAUCCAAUUAACAGAACUCUUGUUCUCUUUUGGCCAGGACAUGAGAGUUGAGAAUUUUUUUAACUGUCAUGCAAAUUCUCGCUUCCCGACUCUCGUGAACUCUCACUCUUUAGGUAUUUGAUCAAUAUUUAAAUUUUAUCUCACUGGAAGAAAAUAUGUUUACGACAAGAUAUCAAGAACGAGAUUCAAUAUCAUAUUAUGGUAAGAAAAUUAUCAGAUGAACCAUCUUUUUCUUGCCAAAGUAAAUUAGUUGGACAUGCAGAUAAAUCAUCUCUGUGUACAUCGCAAAAAAUCAGACCAUUUUCAAGCAUUCUUUGUUUAAUUUGUUUAGCGUUAAACAGACCCGAUGCUAAAGACACAGACAUUGAAAAUAUUCGUGAUGCAGUGGUGGAUAGUCUGUUCUCAUUUUUAGUGACACUAGGUAUGACGUUUUACCUUGGCUUAUGCAAUACAUGAUUCCAGGUACACACUAACUUUUGAUCUAGACAAGAACGACGAAAUCUAUCAUUAUAGCUCAAAAGAACAUCAUUCCUUAAAUUAGUAAAAUUGCCAAAUUUGGUUGCAAAAUGUUGUAAAAUACGGAAAAUAUAGCCCUGUGAAAUUAGAAAAUUUUUAGUAUUUUAAUAUUACGCGCGGAAAAAUGCACUACGCACGGAAAAAUGCACCACUUUUGAGACGAAAGUGUGCAUUUUUGCAUUUUUCCGCGCGUAAUACUAAUUAAAAAUACUCAAAACUUGCUAAUUUUACAGGGCUAUCAAUUUUUCGUAUUUUACAACAUUUUGCAACCAAACUCUGCAAUUUUACUAAUUUUAGGAUGCUCUUUUGAGCUAUGAUGAUAGAUUUUGUCGUUCUUGUCUAGAUAAAAAAUUAGAUGAUAGCUGGAACCAUUCGCAAAACAAAAUUAGUUGUGAUACAGUAUGUGGUCACUAUUGCUGGAAUGAUAGGAAGCUGUACUGUAGUUCCACCAGUGUAGAAUAAGUUUUGGGUUGUGGAAACACCAUGUACAUUUAUUGUAGCAACGAUUGAUCUAUUUGGCACAUUUUUGAGACGUUGUGUAAGAUGUAUGCAACGUCUAAAGUUGACAAUUAUAUAUUCAGUAUUAAUAUGAUUUCCGAAUGAAAUUGUCAGGUACUGUUCCAGUCAUUCGCUGUCCUCGUGGGAAUGCUGCUGAAAUAGUGUCGGAGGUACUGUUUAGUAAAGAAAACCUUUUUGUUUUUUAUUUUGUGAAAUUUCCACUGAUUGAAAUGGUUCUACAUUUAGGCGUUAGACAAGAAACUACGAGAAAAUCUCCGCGACGCUAGGAACAGUUUAUUCGCAGGCGAUAUGAGCACGGGGCAAUUUAGGUAAACAAAGCAACAAAACUUUUCAACUGCAAUGGUUUAAAUAAAACGUGUUCCAAGGCAUUAAAGAAUGGGCAUUUUUUUAGUUUCCAGCGACCUGUGUUAAUAAUAUUGGAUAGAAAUAUUGACCUCUGUACACCAUUACAUCAUACGUGGACGUAUCAGGCGUUAUGUCAUGACGUUUUGGUAAGAGCUUGUUAUGCACAUUACUCCAAUUCUUCCAUACACACACGUAAAAACGACCAACCUGUUCCCGAUUCAUAUCGACAGGCUUGAACCUACUGUAUCUAUGGCUUGAACAAGGUUGUGUUGCAGCCUAAGAACAAGUUGUUAACAAUGUUGUAACAACAUUGUUGACAAUUUGUUCAUAGGCUGCAACACAACCUUGUUCAAGCUUGUCGAUUUCAACCGGGAACUGGUUAUUCGUUUUUACCCCUGUAUAAUGCGUCCAUCGCACCUCAACAACCAAGGCUCAAUCCUGAAAUAUUCAGUUGCCUGAUUAUAAUUUCACGUCAGUUGCACGUGAGAAGAGUGGUUUCGGUGUGACUCUACCAAACACUGUAAGUUUCUCAAUGUAUUCCAAUUUCCUCCUGUGGUAACACUGAACCAAAAGGUUAUGGCCGAGAGAGGCUCAGGGAGCACAGAUUAGAUUUAGACAGUCGUAAGGAAAAAUAAUUGUGGUUGAAUAUCCGGUUGAUUUUGUUAUUGUCAAUGCUUCCUUUCUUCUCAAGGAUCUUCAUUUAAAUCGUGUUGUGAUAAAAGAAAGUGCACCAGACAGUGAAACGACAGAGCAUGGUCAUUCGCGACCAAGACCAACCAAGACUAAAUCAUAUGACAUCAGUGCCACUGAUAACUUCUGGAAUAAUCACAGAGGAAGGUGAGUGGGUUUCACUAUAUAUUUGUCAGUAACAAACAGAAAUAGAAUCUUUGUUGGUGGAUUUCAAUAACCAUUUAGCAACAAGAAAAUUUAACACUACACUCGUACCCAGGCUCUCCCCUCCACCGUAGACGGGGUUGGGACAUAUAAUGAAAAGAAUGAACAGUAUUCCCUCAUUCUUCAUUCUGCUAACUGUCAGAUCGAUACAUUUGAGAGUUCAGACUUCACUUUCACUACCAUCACCGCUUACCAUUAAGGGACCAUUAACCAAUGCGUACUAAGCUAGUAAGUGGUUGCGGUAAUCAAAAUUUGAAAUUAUGCAUUGAGACGAGAAACUGAAGCCCUAUGCUAACGCGGGAAUUUGUUUCCUGUAGUCCGUUUCCAAACGUUGCUGAAUCAAUCCAGAAAGAGCUGGAUGAGUACAAAGCAUCUGAAGGAGAAGUGAAACGGUUAAAAAAUAUCAUGGUAAUGUCAUGUUUUAUCUCCGAAACUUGUCUAUAAUUGUACAAAAAUUAAUAAACUAUAUUGUUAUAAAAGGGUUUAGAUGACAGCGAUGAAGGAGCCAUCACGGAUUUAAUGAGCGCGGAUCAUACGUCUAAACUCACGUCAGCUGUAAGGUAUAAAUAUCACUCCUUUUUGUCGAAAGAGUGAAAUGUUUUUUAAUCGCAAAAUCUGACCCUUAAUUGUCCACUUCUGCAGCUCAUUACCAGAAUUACUGGAGAAAAAGAGAUUAAUUGACCAACAUACAAAUAUUGCUACAGCAUUACUGGAUCAAAUCAAGG